AUGUCCGCAGAAGAACAAGAGCUAGAGAACACCCAUCCUCCCAUGUCCCGCGCGAACUCGGGCAAGCCCAAGGGCAUCCUCAAGAACGCACCACCAAACGCCCCUGGCGGCACCCAGCACUCGCUGCAGUGGGACGAGGAGAACCUGGCGUUGACGGAGGCGCAGAAGGAUAGCCAUAUGAAGAUCACGGAGCCCAAGACCCCUUACGUGCGCUACAACGCGGAGACGGACACUGUCGAGAGCGACAUCCCGUCGCUGGACCUGAACGGCGCGGGGAUGCGGACGGCGAGCCCGGUAGCAGUCGAGCCGCCGCGGGCGAUGUCGCCGACGAGCAGCACGGGGGCGACGGGCGGGGGCUCGGGCCCGCCGUCACGCCGGACGUCGUUCUCGAGCGUCGGGCGGGCGUCGACGCCGGGCGGGCGGAGCGGGAGCUCGAGCCGGAGCACGAGCUUCAACCUGCCGAGCGAGGCGCGCGAGGUCAUCGACCUGGACGGACCGCAGCCAGGGGACGAGAUCGAGUGCGACGAGGAGAUGGACGAAGAGACUGCGCGGAAGCACGCCGCGUUUGUGCGGGCCCGGGGACGGCAUUAUUCCAACGAAGCAGAGGCGAUGAAGAUGGCGAAGCGACUGAUGCAGGAGGAGGACGAGGAGUCGUCGUCGUCGGUGGCCGAGUCCGCGGAGCAGUCGGUGAACGACUCGGACAGCGUGAUGGACGAGGACGGGGUGCUGCACGUGAACGGGAUCGCGCACUGA